GCGAGGGGAAGUCAAAUCAGUAGUGAAGGUACGGCCAAUGACAAUGAUUCUAGUGUAACAAUAAUGGAACGACUGGUAGAGCAAUUUCGAAGUAAUAAGGUAGAAAUAGCGUUGCCAAAAUUCUCGGAUAACGGACUUACAAAUCCUCAGCAGUUUUUACACGAGCUUGAACGAUAUUGUAGGCUGAGAGAUGUACCGCCGGAGAGUAAACUUAAAAUAGUAGAAACAUGCUUAGCGGGAAGAGCGUUAAACUGGUUCACGAUACAUAGAGAUGAUUUUAGAAAUUUUCAACAUUUUGUUAAUAAAUUUGAGGCGGAAUUUUACUCUAUUCCAGUAAGAAUACGCAUAAAAACUCGAUGGCAAGAACGGCGUUAUAAGUUAUCAGAUGGCAGUAUACUUGCAUAUUUUUAUGAUCAGGUGCGAGCAGCACAAUAUUUAUGUCCACGCUUAGGUGUUUAUGAAAUGCACUAUACAAUUGUUCAGCAAUUGCCAAUGAGAGUUCGGGAGAUUCUCGCUACAGUAGAUUAUGCAGAUACAACCAUAUUGAUACAGGCUUUAGAGCAACUAGACAAGUCGCGUGAAAUUGAGAAUGAACGAUACAAAAGUAUAAAUAAUAAAGAUAGUAAUAAUGACAAGACGCGUCGACAAGUAAAUACUAUGGGUGUAAUUGAGGCAGGACAGUCACAAUCUAGCUAUCAUCACGAUGAUAAUAGUAAGCGAAGUUGGACUGGUCGAUAUAAUAGAGGUUAUUCUAAAAAGCGAAACGAACCAUAUAAUCGUAAAGAAAACAAUCGCGAUUUAGUACUACCGGAUAUGAGAUUUCCACCGCCAAAUCAUGGUGAAUCAAAAGGAAUUAAUCAAUUUAAUACUCAUAAUUCGGAAAACUGUUAGUGGGUGUGGGGAGUAGCGGUCCAUCUAGCCACACCUAUGAUUACAGUUUUAUUACUGAAAUAGAAGAGGACCUUCAAGGAGGAAAUAGUAGGAUAAUUGAGUCUAAAAUUAAAAGAAACAAAUGUAUACAUUUACUAAUCACAAUAGGCCAGUAUAUUUAUUCCUCAAUGGUAGACACAGGCAGUCAAAUUAGUUGUAUAUCUGAGUAUUUUUACCGGUUAUUAGCAAACCAUGUUACUCUGGAGGAAUUACCAGUUUCAAACAUGCAUAUAGUUACGGCAAUUGGAUUAAAAUCGACUCUGGUAAGGAAACAGGUAUUAAUACCAUUCAAGAUAGGAAAUCUUUGCGAUGAGCAAAUAUUUUAUGUGGUCCCAGGUUUAACUUCUGAGGUGAUAUUGGGCAAUGAUUGGUUGACGAAGACGCGUGCUAUACUAAAUUAUAGAUCUAAAUCAAUAGUUGUAAAGGGAGUGCAAAUUCCUAGUGAGCUGACGAUGUUUGGAGGUAGCUUGGUUGAGGAAGCGUCAG